AUGUAUUGGACUACCUAUGGAACCUUCUCUCUUGUGGAUCAAUUCGCCGAACGCAUCACUCCCUACUUUCCGCUGUAUUGGCCGCUCAAAGCGCUCUUCCUUCUUUACUUGUAUUUGCCUCAAACUUAUGGAGCGCAGAAUAUGUACGUCAAGUACCUCGGCCCGGCGUUCGAUAAGUUGGCGAAGCAAUGUAGAAGUUAGUUCAAUGAGCUUGGAUGAUGGUGGUAAUUGCUGAUUGAGAGUCGGAUAUCGUUGGUUAUCAAUGAACUAAGAGGGAUAGAGGGAUUUGGAUAACGUUGACGGAUUUGUGUUGAUAUCAAGUGCUUG